GUUGGAUCUCUGGGUGCACGCCGUUGGCGACUCCGUCGGGUCGCUGGGCCCCCCCCCCUACUGCUCCCCCCCACCUCCUGCGGCGCGGCGGCCCGGCCCUGGCCGGCCUGGCGGCGGCGGCGGCGGCGGGCGCGCGCCUCGCGGGGCGCCGCCGCGCCUGGGGCCAGGCGGGGGCGGCCUCGAUGGUGGACUCCCCGGGGCGAGCUCUCGGGGUGGUACGCGCGGCCCUGCCGUGGCGCUCCCUGGAGAGCGGGUGUACUGCGUCAACCUGGACAGGCGCCCGGAGCGGUGGAGCUUCAUGCAGGCCCAGUUCGAGAGGAUGCAGCUGCCCGUCCGGCGCUUCAGCGCGGUGGACGGCAGGACUCUAGAUGUGCCCCACCUGGCGGAGAUGGGCAUCAUCGCAAAGGACCGAGGCGAUGCCAAGGUAUUAUUUGCCAGACGAGAUGAAGCUCUUCGGCACGGAUCUCACAGAUGGUGGAAUCGGAUGCGCUUUAUCGCACAUGAUGAUAUGGAAGGACAUCAUCAGACAGUGUGCAGCAGGAACUGCCAGCUCUGAGUCUGUGUUCCUGGUUGUGGAGGACGAUUGCGAAUUCGCGGAGGGGUUCAGCGAAGAGAUGCUGUUGGAUCGGCUAUCGCAUGUGCCUUCCGAUUGGGAGCUCGUAUAUCUGGGUGGGCAGGACUUGAUGCACAAACAGCACUUGUACCCAGCCGGGCAAGGCGUCCGUAGGCUCUACAAGGGCUUCCGGGAAACGACUGCCUACGUCGUGAACGAGGCGGGGGCGAAGGCGUGCUUGGAGGUCUGUGUGCCAAUGUAUUGGCAGGUAGACACCCACCUCAACGACGAGUCCACUCGCGAAGGGCUCCGAGCACCCAGGAGGGGGGAGCAGGAGUUCACGAUGCGGCCCCGCGGCUAUUGCCUGCACCCGCCCGUGGUGGCGCAGAACAGGGCGUCCUUCCCCACGGACGUCCAGAAGGUCGAGCACGACGCCUGACCCUGGCCGACAGGAUAGAUCGAUUGUAGGGUUACGUUUAUGCUCAUGUCAUGCUGCGUUCCCCUGGCUGUCUCCUCGAGCGACCAGCCUGCCGAGGCUGCCUGCCCUCACGACGUCGCGCCCGCCGCGGACGGGACCGCGGGCCGCCCGCUGCACGUGGGCGCGUCGGCGGCUGCGCGUGCGCAUUGGGCAUCGACCGCUGCACGAGGUCACCACUAGCCACGUGUUGGCUCCUUGGGGGGGCACUGUCUCCUGUGGCUGAGGCGCGGCCGGAGCAAAAGAACCUUGACCGGGCGGCUGGUGCCCCGCGGUGUCCCGCCGGUGUCCCGCUGGAGUCCCGUGUGGCUGAGGCGCGGCCGGGGCAA